AUGUCGAGCGAUGGAAAUAAAACCAGCAGGUCUGCCACCAGAAUAACUGCCAUUGCGCCAACCUCACGCAUCAAGAGAAGUAUGGCCUCUACUUUCAGAUCAUUUUUGGACACGGCAAAGCAAACUAUCUCGGGUCAAUCCACUCCAAUUCCAGGAACUCCAUCCGGAAAUACUCCAAUCGAGAAUCUAUUCCCAAAAGUUGACCCGGCUGUAGAUGGAGACGAUUGUGAUCAUGAUUGCGAAUCGUGUCAUGUAAAAUAUCCAAAGGGGUUUAAGAUAGAUGAGGAUGAUAAGUUAUAUGGCCAUGUUAAAGGGUGGAGUACACAUAUUCUGGUUGCGACAGGAAAGUCGGAUUGGGUAAGGGAUGUCGCCGAUGAGAAGGGGAGUGUGAUGCAAGCAAUCGACCAUGCUUCUGUUAAACCAAGCAAUGGGAAACUUAUGCUAUCAGCCUCGAAUAUACCCACUCCUUCGCAUUCCGCAGAUUACUCGCAGCCUACGACCGUUGUCCUAUUGCCUGCAUUUAUCGUAAUCGAGAACGUUACCCCACGAUCGGUACCAACUCUGAUAACAGAGUUCAUCGACAAAGCUCCUACCAAUACGACACCUCUGGGGCCUAUUUCGAUACCCAAGUCACUUCCCGACCCUCUUCCAUCCGUAGGACAGCUUACAUCUCGACCAUCACCACAUCGCGCGCUCAUUCUUCUUUGCUCACAAAAAACUCGAGAUGCAAGAUGUGGACAAAGUGCGCCAUUACUGAAGAAGGAAUUCGAAAGGCAUCUAAGGCCUCUUGGGCUCUUCCGAGAUCUUGAUGAUGAUCGACCAGGAGGGGUUGGCAUCUACUUUAUAUCUCACGUCGGCGGACACAAAUAUAGUGCAAACGUCAUGAUCUACCGAAGAUCCGACGCGUUUGGGUUGGAUGCUGUUGAAAGGGCCAACGUCGAUGGAGAUGUUAUGCCUUCGAGGCUUGUACCUGGCGAAGAAGAUGAGAAGGGUGCAGCCCAAUGUAUGUGGCUCGCCAGAGUGAAACCAGAAGAUUGUGAGGGUAUUGUGAAAUUUACCGUUUUGCAAGGGAAACUCAUUAAACCCGAAAGUCAAUUGAGAGGUGGAUUCGAUCGGCAAAAGGGAGUAUUUAGUUGGUAG